AAUUUGAAAAAUAACGGAUAAAAAACAUGCAAUUAUUAAAAGCAAAAAUAUUUAAGUUUUUCAAGCUUUUUUAAUUAAAUAAAUUUAAAGCCAAAGUUUAAAAAUUAUUACAAAAAAAUUGAUUAAAUGAAAAUCUAAAAUAAAAAAUUUUAAAAUUUAAAAGAAAAUUACCAAAAAGUUAAUUUAUAAAAUAAAAUUUUAAAUCCCUAAUCAUUGUUAUAUAAAUUACAUAAUCAUGUAAUAUUAAGUUAAAAAAUAAAAUAAGUUAUUAUUGGCCGUGUUAAAUUAAAAUAAAAUAUAUAAUAUAAAUAAAUUAAUUGGAAAUUCAAAAUAUUAAGUUCAAUUAUAGAUAAAAAACAAAAGAAAUUGCAAUGAACGCCCAAAUAUUCCUGUUUAUACUACUCUCAAUAACACUAGAACACUUAGCAAAAGCAGAAUUUCAGCAUAGUUUAGAAAUCACAGAUAUUUUGCCAGAAGACAUAAAGCGUUACGAUAAAAUGAGACCCCCCAAAAAAGAGGGACAACCAACGAUAGUUUAUUUUCAUGUCACCGUCAUGGGUUUAGAUUCCAUUGAUGAAAACUCCAUGACCUAUGUGGCGGAUAUAUUUUUUGCGCAGACCUGGAAAGAUCAUCGCUUAAGACUGCCAGAAAAUAUGACACAAGAAUAUCGUUUACUCGAGGUGGAUUGGCUUAAACGUUUAUGGCGUCCAGAUUCAUUUUUCAAAAAUGCCAAAUCAGUAACAUUUCAAACGAUGACCAUACCGAAUCAUUAUAUGUGGCUAUAUAAAGAUAAAACUAUAUUGUAUAUGGUGAAAUUGACUCUGAAAUUGUCGUGUAUUAUGAAUUUUGCCAUUUAUCCGCAUGAUACACAGGAAUGUAAACUACAAAUGGAAAGUUUGUCCCACACCACGGAUGACAUGAUAUUCCAAUGGGAUCCCACCACACCUUUGGUGGUGGAUGAAAACAUCGAAUUGCCUCAGGUGGCGCUGAUACAUAAUGAAACGGCCGAUUGUACUCAAGUUUAUUCAACAGGUAACUUUACCUGCCUGGAGGUGGUGUUCACUUUGAAAAGACGUCUGGUCUAUUAUGUUUUCAAUACCUAUAUACCCACUUGCAUGAUUGUUAUUAUGUCUUGGGUUUCAUUUUGGAUUAAGCCAGAGGCGGCUCCAGCCCGUGUGACUUUGGGUGUCACUUCUCUACUAACUUUAUCAACGCAACAUGCGAAAUCUCAAUCAUCCCUACCGCCUGUAUCGUAUUUAAAAGCAGUAGAUGCUUUCAUGUCCGUGUGUACGGUGUUCGUGUUUAUGGCUCUUAUGGAAUAUUGUCUAAUCAACAUCGUUUUAAGUGAUACACCCAUACCAAAGCCUAUAGCUUAUCCUCCCAAACCCAAACCGGAAGAAGCUAAAAAAGAGGAGGCGAAACCAGAGCCGCCACCACCACCAGCUCAUCCCCCCUUAACCGAUGAAAAAAUAGAGAAAAUCUUUGAUGAAAUGACAAAAAAUAAAAGGUCUCAUUUGGGCCAUGGCCAUAGCCACUCUCAUACCCAUACCACACGUCGUGUUAUGCGUCCACCAAUCGAUGCCGAUGGUCCUUGGAUACCUCGUCAAGAAUCUCGCAUUAUUUUAACACCCACAAUAGCACCGCCACCAACACCUGCACCCAAACCCGCUGAACCCGAACCACCCAAACCGAAAUUAACACCUCAACAGGAACGUUUAAAACGUGCCAUCUAUAUAGAUCGUACUUCUCGUGUAGCAUUUCCCGCUUUAUUUGCCUCUCUAAAUGCCAUCUAUUGGAUAGUAUUUUAUGAAUAUCUUUAAGGAGUUUAAAAGAAAUAGCACUAACAAUGUAUUGUAGAAUUUUAGAAGAGAAACUAAGUUUAAGUAUCUAACUAAAAAUUUUGAAAAACACAAUGUUUUUAUAAGGUUAAAGUUUAAGGUUUUUCAAUUUUGAUACUUUGCGAAAGCAUACGUACGCGUAACAGAUAGAGUACGAGAGAGCUCAUUGUGUUUCACUGAUCUGACUACACUUUUAGUUAGCAAAGACUCAAACCUUUAGAAAACUUCAUAAUGAUCAGGAUUAAACGAAAAAUUGAAAAAUUUUUAAGACACAGGUAGGAGAGGAUGAGUUAUUGCUGUUUUGAGAUAUUUGUCUUCACAAUUGAUCAGCUAAGACUCAAACCUCAUAUCCAUGAAAAUUAAAUUGAUCUCAUUUGGGGCGUUCUUUAAGGAUCUAUAGGCGAUUCUACAAUUAAUUUUUGAUGAAAUAUAUAAGUGAUCAUAAAUUUUCAUUACUUCCGCAAUUAUAUUGUUAUUUAGGGAUCUACAGCCAAUUUUAGGAUUUUCAUAUAAAAAUCGACUUUUCAUGAAAAUUAUAAGUGAUCACAGAUUUUCACUAUUUUCUUAAUUAAAGCGUUAUUUAAGGAACUACAGACGAUUUUAGGUUUUUCAUAUAAAAAUCGAUUUU